GGUGAGCCCUUCCUCAUUCCCUUCCUCUCCCAGUUUAUCCUUUUCCCCCUUCACUUGUACUGGGAAACCCUAGCCAGGAUUUUCUCCCUAAUUGUACCUUCUCUUGUCAGCGGGAGCUCGGCUCUGUGGGAGGUAGAUGGCGGAGCUCAACUCAGCUCAACCGCAACUGGUUGACCCCGAGAAUAAACCAUGUAUAAAUGCCCAGCCGCAGCUGCAGUGGUAUUCCCCAAUACUGAUGGAGGCCGUAGACGCCGUAUCCAAAGUCCUCGACGAUGACAACCUCCUCAUCGAGAUCCUCCUCUGCGUUGAUCUCCCCACGACCUUGGUCUGUGCUGCUCUUGUCUGCAAGCGCUGGCUACAGCAUGCCUCCGACCGCGAGUUCCUCUGUCAUUUCCGCAAGCUCCACCCGCCCCGCCUCAUUGGUUUCUACAUUCAGGAGGGGCUGAUGCCAACCAGUCCACGCUUCGUCCUGAUGCUGCCAGCUCAGCACCGGGAACGUGCCGCCGUCGUCCGCCGUGCAAAGUUCAGCUUGGAAAGUAACGACGACAGCAAUUUAAGGACACACAUAAUGGACUGCCGGAAUGGCAGAGUCCUUACCCAGCGCCUCGAUGGAACCACAAGGGGACUUAAGGUGCACGUCCCAUUGUGCCCUCAGAUAGGCAUGAAGAACAUCCCACCACUCCCAAUCCACGAACCGCAUCACGACUAUCACUGCGGUUUCAGUCAAAUCCUCUCCAAUGAAGGAGUCAACGGCUUGUCCUACUUCCAUGUGUCCAUGGCGUCUUCAUACUAUGGAAAGUCAAGGGUGAGCGUUUAUAUGCUGAAAGAUGGUGUGUGGUGUAUGCAUACCUCGGUUGCGGCAAAUCUUCCUCCUCCACGUAUGAGAAUAAACUCUGUUCUCGUCGGCAGUAAAAUCUAUAUGGCAGCUGCCAUGAGUGACAUUAUCAUCUUGGAUUUGAAGACCUCAAGCUUCUCGGUAAUUCAGCUCCCACAAGGAGUGGACUACGGACAGGAGUAUGGUUCGUCGGACACUAUGUUGUCACGGGCAGAUGAUUAUUCUAGUGUUUAUCUCAUCAAUGCUAAGGGGCUGCAACUUCGCAUUUGGCUCCACAAGGGGGGCACCUGGUUGCUGGUGGAUACAAUCCUUAUGCUUGACAUGUUUGCUAAUUUGAGGAUGUCAGGUUUCAGUGUUGAGGACUAUCGUAGUUUUCUUCGUCUAAGACAGGUGGGGGACAAUGCAGAGUUUGUGUUCUUGCAGAUGCGUCAAUGCAUAUUCUACCUGGAUAUCAAGUGCCGAACACUAUGUGAAGUGCAUGACAUAACAAAAUAUGAUGGAUCUUCUUGUCAUAUCAAUCCUCUUAUGAUGAUCUGGCCUCCCACAUUCCCUGCGAACAAGGAUAAUCCAGCAAGAAAUGCCAUGUGAGCAAGGAUAUGAGAAAGCUUUUGAAUGGUCAGCAACAUGGAUGCAAAUCAAGGAAGAGUAGGAAGUCAUUUCCCUAUGGAUAUGUAACCAUGAUUGUUUGUGACCAGUCUUCAUUUUGUGAAGAAAACAUCGUAUUAUAUUGUGUCAGUACUGUCUGGUUUGGGACUCA